AUUGGCUGAGCGGAUGAUUGACACAAUGUUUGACCAUUCACUGCUAGAUGAUUUCUUUCUUCUCAGAGACCCUCCUCUUUCUCUGAUUGGCUGAUAGCUCUGAAGUUCCGUGUGUUGCCAGACCCGGAGUGAAGGGAUGAGAGGCCCGGGCAAGUUGAGUUGUGAAGUCGUGAGGAGGCGCUGCGGCCUGUGAGCUCGUGGAUGGCGGAAGUAUGGACGGCAGCGGCGGAGGAAGCCCGGGCGGCGAGACCGGGCUACUGCAACAGAUCCUUAGCCUCAGCCUAGUACCGAGGGUCGGCAAUGCCACUGUGUGUCCCAGUUCCACCACCCUCUGCUCCUUCCCGGAGAUGUGGUAUGGAGUAUUCUUGUGGGCACUGGUCUCCUCACUUUUCUUUCACAUACCCGCAGGACUGCUCGCUCUAUUUACCCUUCGUCAUCACAAGUACGGAAGGUUCAUGUCAGUGGGAAUCCUGCUCAUGGGUAUUCUGGGACCAAUAUCUGCAGGGAUAUUAACAAAUUUGGUUAUCUUUAUCUACUUCCCAGCCUGUGUUUCAGCUGUGACAAAGAUGAUGCUGCAGUCGGACAGCAUUAUGUUCUGGAUGGUAUGGGGUAUAUGAAGAAUAUAACUUAUCCCCCUAACUGUUGGGACACCACCCCCCACCCCCAGAUCUCCUGUGGGGGGGCCGACAUGCCCCCUCCUCCUAGUGAGGUCGACGACACAAGCACUAGUUGAGCAGAACCGUGGCAGUGCCGGGUCCCUAUAUGGGAGAUUGCGGGGGGUCCCAGCAGUCAGACUCCCCGCGGUCAAACACUUAUCUCCUAUCCUGCGGAUGUGGAUAAGUUAUAUACCGCUGAAGAUGUUUGGCAAGAUGUACAACAUAUAAAAGUUUAUUUUUAUUUUUACAGGGUCCAUUUCAUUAAAAUUUAUGACAUGGAUUAUAGUUAUACCUGUUUUAAUGUAUGAAAAUCUAAACCGCAGCACCCACAGUCAGAAUAAAAGUCUCUCUGAGAACCUUACCUCUAUCCACUAAAACUGAACAGAACAUAUUGGUUAGGCUGUUUCCAUCAGUUUUGGUGAGCAAUAUGAGGUUUGGCAUAUCGGUUGGUACCUGAGACAUAACAAAGUCAUGUGUUGUUUGUUACAAAAUAACAUUUGUAGCAUUAUAUAAAAUUAUUACCUAGCCUUUUCAGAAAAAAAUAAAAAAGACCAUAUUUGACAGAUGUAUACCCUCACGUCUUGCCAGUGCUCUGGGUGAUGAUCCAUUUUUUUUUUUUAAAUUUUAAAAAAAUUACAUGCUAUUUUCCGACCAAUAAUAAAGGUCCUAGGUCUGACAUAAAUAUUUUGAUAUUCCAAGAAAAAUAUAUAUGUGAUCUAUUCUUAUUUAACCAGUCUGUAAAACAAAUAGCUUAAAAAAUGUGAUGUACUCGAAUUUAACCAGUCUGUAAGACAAAUGGCUUAAAAUAUAUACCGUAUGUGAUGCACUUGUAUUCAACCAGUCUAUAAAACAAAUAGCUUUAAUCUUUAUCUGUCCACUGACAGAAAUACAUGCUGACCCCUAUCUUAUGGCUUCAUUCUGGCACUAGUACAGUUGAAAGGUGUCUAAAGUAAUAAUUUUCUCACCCUGCAUUAUGCUGACAAACUCAACAACUGGCAAGACUCUUGGAAAAACAAAUACAGUAUUCAAUGUCUGAUUUAUUACCUAUUAUUCUUUGGCAGUGUAAUUUUCCAUGUCGGCAGCUCAAGAGUCUCAGCCAUAAAUCCAGAAGGACUAAAGAAGCCCCACAGCCUGGGGUCCCUUGUAAAAGUA